AUGGAGGUGCACAAGUGCUUGAAAUGGUCUCCACACUGGAACAACAUUGGAUUCAGGGAUGUGACAGUUAAAGAUAAUCUGGAGUCUGAAGUCAGUGUUACAGUGUCAUUAUUGCAGAUAAUUGUGCUCCUGCACUUCAAUGAUGAUGGAAUAUUUCAUGAAAUCUACUUCAUCAACAUCAACCUCCACCUUGUCACCCUCCCUGUUGACAUCUUAGCACUAACUGAUCCCAGCUCCACUAUGAUCAUCUACAACUGGAAUACCAGCAAGUGCAUACAUCUUGACAUUGCAUGCACUGAUUGCCUCCAAAUCAUUUAA